GGAAUGGGUUGUGCACAGAAAACAUGACUGAAAUAUUCAUUAGAUACAGCCAUAUAUAAUAUUAAGGCUAUAAAUUAUAUUGUAGAAUUGCUUCUAGGGGUUACGUCGCGCGAUAAUCAAUGGAAGUCCAAUAUACACUUGUCCGAUAAUAUUUGUGAGUAGAUAAACUUGUAACCAUAUAUCAGCUGACAUCCAGUUAUCUCAGCAAGAUAGUCUACAUGGAAAUAGAUAGGGGCUAUCUCAGCGUAUUUGGCUGUCGGUGUGUCGCUGCUGCUAUAGAUAAAUAAUUUAUGUAUUUUCCUUGUUUAAUUUUAAUUAGGCAAAAACUCCGAGCGUCUUAUCAACUGGCGAAUAAAUAUAGAUCCGCUGUGCUUGGUCCCGCCUGCUGCAGCUGGGCAAUAUUUUAAAGCGCAUUGAACGCUUGUACUGUGCGGGUGGUGUCGAACGCGGUGUGCCGCUAAAGAAGCAACAAGAGUUAAAAAAUAAAUCCAGAUAAAACACGGAUGCACACGUUGGGUGACAGCGACAAUUGUUUAUUGCCUGGCACAAUUAACUUAAGCUAUAUAAAAAUUUGUUGGCUCGCAGUUGGCUAAGAACAAAGCCAGGGACACGACGAUAACAGUACCUCUAACGUCGUCGUCGUCGUCGUCGUCGUCGCCGUCGCCGUCGCCGCCAUGAAGUUCGCUGAGCAUCUGUCGGCGCACAUAACGCCCGAGUGGCGUAAGCAGUACAUCAACUAUGAGGAAAUGAAGGCCAUGCUGUAUUUGGCUGUCGAGGAGGCGCCGUCUGUGGACAGCGUGGAGGAUGAGGUGCUCAAGCGGCACUUUGCCAACUUCGAUGAGAACUUCUUUCACUAUUGCGACAAGGAGCUGAAGAAGAUAAAUACGUUCUAUUCGGAAAAGUUGGCGGAGGCAACGCGUAAAUUUGCGACACUCAAUGCGGAGCUAAAGUCAAGCAUUGAGGAGUCCGAGCGUACGGCCAAGAAGUCCAAGGGCCAGAAACGACAUGCCGCAUUGCCAGACCGCAAAGCACGCGAAUUAAAAUUAGCUUUCAGCGAAUUCUAUUUGAGUCUUAUACUGUUGCAGAACUAUCAGAAUCUGAAUCAUACGGGCUUUCGUAAAAUACUUAAGAAACACGACAAGCUGCUGCGCGUGGAUAGCGGAGCCAAAUGGCGUCAGGAAUAUGUGGAGGCAUCGCAUUUCUUUAUCAAUAAAGACAUUGACAACAUCAUCAAUGAAACGGAGACGACGGUCACGGGCGAACUGGAAGGGGGCGAUCGACAGCGUGCGAUGAAACGUUUGCGUGUGCCGCCCCUUGGCGAGCAACAAAGUCCAUGGACCACCUUUAAAGUUGGCCUCUUCUCGGGCAGUUUUAUUGUACUCGGCAUUGUGGUUGCAUUGUCUGCAAUAUUCCACGAUAUAACCGGCGAGAAUUUGAAGGUCACGUUUCGUCUGUAUCGCGGUCCAUUGUUGAUCAUCGAAUUUAUAUUUUUGAUUGGCGUUAAUAUUUAUGGCUGGCGCUCGUCGGGUGUUAAUCAUGUGCUUAUCUUCGAGCUGGAUCCCCGCAAUCAUCUAUCCGAACAGCAUCUGAUGGAGCUGGCGGCCAUAUUUGGCGUCGUCUGGACACUGAGCAUGCUCAGCUUUCUGUAUAGCGCCAGCCUAAGCAUACCGGCCUUUAUCAAUCCUUUAACAUUGACACUGAUCAUGGUGAUAUUUUUGGCCAAUCCUUUUCAUGUGCUCCAUCACGAUGCACGAUUUUGGCUGCUUCGCAUCACUGGGCGCUGCAUUGCUGCCCCGUUCUUUCAUGUGGGCUUUGCCGAUUUCUGGCUGGGCGAUCAGCUGAACUCGCUAGCUACCGCGAUCUUAGAUUUUGAGUAUCUCAUAUGCUUCUACUUCACCAAUGGCAACUGGUCGGAGGCGGUGGAUGCAUCGAUUUGUAUGGAAAAGGAUUUUAUCGUGCGGCCAAUUGUCAAUUGUCUGCCGGCCUGGUUCCGCUUUGCACAAUGCUUGAGGCGUUAUCGGGACACACGAGAAGCCUUUCCGCAUCUGGUCAAUGCUGGCAAAUAUUCAACGACCUUCAUGGUCGUCAUCUUUGCCACGCUGAAAAGCUUUAACAGUCCCAACUAUGCUAGCUCCUAUGAUAAUCCCUACACCUGGCUGUGGAUAGUAGCUUCUAUAGUUUCUUCCUGUUACUCAUAUACGUGGGACAUCAAGAUGGAUUGGGGCCUGUUCGAUAAGAAUGCGGGCGAAAAUACGUUCCUGCGCGAGGAAGUCGUCUACUCGUCCACAGGCUUCUACUACUUUGCCAUCCUAGAGGAUUUGGCGUUGCGGUUUAUCUGGGCACUGUCCUUCUAUUUGACUGAAAUGAAAAUCGUUAGCGGCGAUAUAAUGACCUCAAUAACCGGCAUACUGGAAGUCUUUCGUCGUUUCGUUUGGAACUUUUUCCGCUUGGAGAACGAGCAUCUGAAUAACUGCGGUAAAUUCCGAGCCGUGCGAGAUAUUUCAAUCGCACCGCUUGAUUCAUCCGACCAGACGCUUAUCUUGCGCAUGAUGGAUGAGACGGAUGGUGUGAUCAAUCGCUAUACGAAAACGAACAGGCCCAAGCCAAAGAAGGUUAAAGAUCCGGAGAAGCGUAGUCUGCUGCAGACACGCGGCUCGCUGCCCGAUUUUGGCAUUGAUAUUGAUGGCAGUAAAAAGCUUUAA